AUAAUAAUAAACAUUAAUUCAUAGAGCACUGCUAAAACAUCAGAAUUUAAUUAGGUUUUAACUAGAAUAACAUCUAGCAAAGCCUAUGUUAUUAUAACACAAGAAUAACGAAUAUACACAGGAACAUGAUAGGUACAUUUUUAUUUUUAUUAUUAAAGUGUAUUUUAUUUUUGUCAUAGAUGCUUUAGAAAAAACGGAGAAAACUACCACAAACAAACGUCCAUUUUGUGUUUACAUUUUCUAGCACCUGUCGGGUGCCGUGUUGUUUUUUUGUUUUGUUUGAAAAUGUCCACGAACUGUCCCUGAUGACGCUGUAAUAUACAAUCUUAUCAGGGCUGAACACAAACGAUGGGGAAUAUUGGGGGCAGUCGCUUGAAGGACAAGGACAGGGACAAAACAUGUUUCCAGUUUUACGACCGUCUCCUUCUCGCGACCCCCGGACAGCUCAUGUACUCGUGUUCCUACACCAAGUGGGUCCGGAGCAAACGCAGCGUCUGCGGCUUCACCGAUAAAGUGGACUACACGUCGACGCGAGAAACAUACCGUCGCACUGGGAUCCUCGUCAAGCCCGACACGCUGGAAGGUCGCUUCUUCUCGGUAACGAUGAAGUCCCAUUCAGAGAUGGUCAUCUCGGAGAAACUGUCUUCCUGGGUCGAAUUGUUUAAGAUACCGAAAGUCCCUGUACCCGACGUUGAUGAUCCACAUUGGCUUCAGCAGGUUCACCACAACCGGACGAGAAAGGAAUGCAAUGUUGUUGGAUACCGUGGCGGAAUCGCUGUGGUUCAGGUUAACUGUGACAGGCAUUACUCGAUCGCCAAGUUUUACAUCCUCGAUCUGACGAACUGUGCAUGUCUGGGACAUUUUCUAAUCAUGUACCACACGAGGAGGUGGUACGAAUGCUACAUCUCGCCAAACAAGCUGAGGAUCUGCCUGAGACCGGAUCAUCUGACGAGAAUCAUGGUCCUUCCCGACAACUACAUAAUACAGAAUCUGCACAUUUAUCCAUCGGAAAAUUUCAACAUCUCUGUCGAAAUCGUCCCACCCAUGUUACGGACGUAUGCCAUUACUUUUAACCAAAAACUUGGAGACGAUUUUGCAAUAGUUGCUUCCAAUACGGACAUCGAGGUCAGAAACGUCAGUGAUUGGUUGGUUGUUCGACAGGUUUCCAAUCUGAACCUGUCGGCGAAUAUUCAACAAGUUCGUUCCAGUCCCUUAGGUGAUUUUCUGGCUGUCCGAUGCAUACACCCGAUUCACAGUCGGGAAUUUUCCACAAACUGCAUCGCAGUGUUAAGCUUCCCAAAGUUGGAGAUUGUGAUGAAAGUGGAUGUCCGUGGGUGUUACUGGCCAGUGUCGGAGGUCGUGAACCUUCAGGUGUUUCCCCGAUUUGCUCCGAGCGAGACCUGUAUUGCAGUGAUGAAAAACUCAAGCUACAAACGGAAAGUCUUCGUGUACAAGCUUCCCAGCGUCAUGCAGAGUUUGCAGUCUUUCUGUCGACGAACACUUCUCCAGCUGGUCAAGAUGGACGAAUUCGUGAAACUGCCACUACCGAAUAAGCUGCAGGACUACUUGCAGUUUCGGGAAAAAAUUGCACAUAGGUGUGAAGUCCGUAACACACACGACAUGGUAACCAGGUUGUAAAAUCCUAGUUAAAAUUCAAACCCUAAUGUUUUUUAAAAUUAUUAUUAAUAAUCGGAUUUAAGCUGUCGGUCUCCAAUUUGCCAAAUGCAAUUUAAAGUUGAAUUUAGCAAAUGCAUAUAAAGAGUUCAGAUGCAAAAACCAAUAAAUCCAUUUGAGUAAUUUUUUACAAGGUUUUGUUUUGUUAUGCUUUCUAUGUCAAACAUAUCAAGUCCACAAUGGGCGAUCUUAAGCUGAAUAAGUGAAGUAAAUAAAGGACAGAAUAAAAAAAAACGAGUAUGAAAAUCAGAAUAUAACGCCUUGAACUGAGUAAUGACGGUAGGAGUAAUUUUUUGAAUAAAAUGGCCUUUAUCGGUUUUUGCGCCUGAACUCUUUAUAUCAUUAAAAAUUUGCCAAAACGCUAUUCAUAAAAUUGUGUUGUUUUUAAGUGUAUAGCUGUUUUAAAAAAAAAAAUUCUAUUUAGCUAAAUGUUACUUGAAUUUGGUUACAGAUUACUGCAUGAAAUGUGCCAAAUUGCUAAAUAAUUUUUGGGAUCCAGCUUAAACCCCAAGUAAUGGUUGUUUUCUAUGCAUCAUAUAUGUAAUAAUUUAUUACAUAUAUAUAUGAUUCACAGAAAACAACCACUUUUUGUGGCUUUUUUAGCUUUUUGCAUAUAUGAUUCAUAAUAUUGUAGCAAAACCCCACAAAAGAAUUGUAAUUGCAAUAUGAUGACCUGUUGCUUUAUAUAAAAAUAUAUAAUCUUUGCCGUGAGCAAAAUCAAGGUGAGAUGGAGAUCCCUAGGGCUGCGGACUUGUAUGGAAAAAACCCAUACUGGGCAAAUCGGUAUCAAAACCAACAAGCCCGUUGGGCGACUCACAAUUUUGAGUAAAACUCUGCUGACGAAUGGUUUGUUUUAUAUAUGGCAAAUGAAAGUGGUCAUAAGAUUUGAGUAAAAUCUCGGGCUAGUGAUAAUAUCUGUAGGCUAGUGGAUUUUUUAAUUUACUAGCCUGGCUGGCUAUAUAUAAAAAAAAAGAGUCUAAUUUCACAGGCCUGGAUCCCUCUCCAUAAAUAGGGUGGGUAGGUUUGAACGUAUUAUUUUUUAAAAUCGAAUCGAUCUGAGAAACCAUAAUCAGCCGAAUCUAGAUUACUGAUUGCAAAAAAAUCAGGAAUCAUCAUUUUAAAAAACAAAAACAGAAAUCUAAUAUGCAUCACCAAUGUACUUUUCAUGCUGGGGUAUUGUUAAACAUUCAUUAAUAAAUUCAUUCAUUCUGAUAUGCAUCACCGAUGUACUUUUCAUGCUGGAGUAUCGUUAAACAUUCAUUCAUUAAUUCAUUCAUUCUAAUAUGCAUCAGUGAGUUAAAAUGUUUCAAGUAUGCACUGAUUGUAAAGUGCUUUAAAUCAUAUCCUUUUAAUAUGCAUUAAUUUAUAAAUGAUUUAGUUAUUAUUUUGUGUGUUUCAAGGUUGUUAGAGUAUUUAUAAACUGAAAUGUUUGUACUACGUUGGUGAAAGUGUAUGUUUUUAACUUGAUUGUUAUUGGGUACAGGAACUUUAAACUCCAAGGGCUUUUUAUCUGACUAAUGCAAGCAUUAUAACACCAUUUUCCAGUUUUCCACUGCUCAAACAUAGCCUGUCAUAUGUCGUAGGUCAGUUUUAGUGAGAUGAAUACGACUACUAGUCAUAAUUUAUUUAUUAACAGAAAAUCUUGUUUAGAUAUAAAAUCUAUAUGUUGUACAAAUUCUUGAGUUGGUCUAGUGGCGACUACAUACAUGUACACAUAGGCCUAUUGUGAAUAACUUUAUUUUUUAAAGUUGACCUUACGUUUGUGUGUAGGUAUUUUAUUUUUUAAAGUUGGCCAAAUG